GCAUGGCUUGGUGGCGCGCAUACUUGGAUACAAUGGCUGGGACUGAAUACUUCUAUCUGAUUAUUUCUGGCUGUCCGAACCAAGUCCUUCCCGACAAAAAUCAGCCACUGAAUCCUUUAACCAGGUAAAUGAUUGUGUAGAUGAUCAUUUUCAACAACCCAUGCUAACGAAACUGCAGGAACGUGGUUACAUUGUGUUAUUUACUAUGUUUUAGUAUAAUAUGAAUAUAUUGAGGCUUGCAUCUCGCUUCCGAAGGAAGGGGUCCCAGAAAAGAAUAACAACACACGUGAACACUUGUUACAAAUAAGAAACUAAGAGUAGCCUAACUUAGAGUAACCUAUUGUGGGUCACGAUAGUCAUACUGUAUGCUAUUCUUUUUGUGUUUUGGUUCACUCGUUUUUAACUGGUGCGUUUUAAACCCGCUUCUUGAGAUUGCGCAUAGAAAUAACACUUUUAAAAAUGACCUGCGUUAACCGUGUAUUGGCUAUGCUGUUCCUGCCCCUUUUCAUUUAUCUCGCUGGAUGGAAUGCGUGUUAUCUCUAGGUGUAUAAUCCCUUUGCUCUCGCGCAGGAGGAACUCUGCGUUGUGAUUGGCUGGCGCUUCCAGUUAAUGGCACGCGACUGUGGAUGUAGUUAUAAGAGUCCUCGCGUGCCAGCCUUCAGCUGAAGCAACUCUUAAGCACCCAGAGACAGUGCAAGGAGCAGGCAACUGCUGUUACUGGGCAACAGGACAUCACGUUUAAAAAAAAUAUGGACACAGUGUUAGAUCAGUUGACGGGGUUGGACUCCUUCUCCUCCCCUUAUUUCGACGAGGAGGAUUUCUUCACCGAUCAGUCCUCCAGAGAUCAUUUGGACACAGACGAGUUUCUGGACGAGGACGUUGACUUUCUUACCACUCAGAUUCAAGAAUACUACAAGGACAGCAGAAUAGUGCACGAUGGGGAGUACUGCGAUGCUGGCAACUUUUCUUUCUCGUCCUCCUCUUCCACCUUCUCCUACGGCUGCGCUGACAGCACUGCAGAAGUGUCCCCCCAGCUCAAAGGAGAGGGCCCGCUGAUGAAAAGGAGAAGGCGGAUGAGAUCAGAAGCCGACAUGCAACAUUUGAGGCAUGCUGCCAAUGUCAGAGAGCGCCGGAGAAUGCAGUCUAUAAACGAUGCAUUUGAAGGACUCCGGUCUCAUAUACCUACACUGCCUUACGAGAAGAGACUCUCUAAAGUUGACACUCUGCGUCUCGCCAUAGGCUACAUUAACUUUCUCGCAGAGCUUGUGCAGUCCGACAUGCCUAUAAGAAACCCUAACUGCGACACUUCCAAUCAAAUUAAGAAAGUUAUUAUCUGCAACAGAGGAACAAGAUCACCAUCUCCAAGUGAUCCAGACUAUGGGCUUCCUCCUCUUGCAGGGCACUCUCUCUCCUGGACUGAUGAGAAACAGUUGAAAGAACAAAACAUCAUUAGAACAGCGAAAGUGUGGACCCCUGAAGACCCCCGAAAAUUAAACACCAAGACCUCUUUAAACAACAUCGAGAAUGAGCCCCCUUUUGAUUUCAUAUCAUAA